AUGGCUUGCGACAAUUCCCCAGAAUCGGGCGUCCCGGAGAGGAAGAACCCCAGCCUGCUGGAGCUGGGGGCUCUGUGCUUGGACUCCGAGAUCAUUUUUGGGUUUACCAGCCACCUGCUGAGGAGGAGAGGAAAGGUUGCAGACCGGUUCCCAGGCAGGGAGGUUCCAGCACCCAGGAAAAGGUUGCAGUCUGUGGAUGAAGCUCUGCAGGGCAGUCGUCCCCCUCCGGAGGGGGCUGGGGCAGCCUCUCUAUCAGAGCUGGGACACACGGAGGGGCCUGGGGUCAGAGAAUGGUGCCCAUAUUGUCAAGCCAAACUGGCAGAACUGAAGAAGCAAGCCCUCAAGCUGGCUGUCCCUGGCUCCACCAUGAAUGCCCAGUUUUCAGCUUUAAUUUUCGACAAGCUCCAAGUGCCUGACUAUCUGCAAAAAAGCAGGAAUGAAGGGGAGAGCCGGUGUGACGUCUGCGCCACUCACCUGAAUCAGCUCAAGCAGGAAGCCGUGCAGAUGAUCCAAACCAUCAAUCAGGCUGGGUGCCUGCCUGAUCUCCUGGAUCGGCCCCAAAGUUCGGUGCCCGUGGCCACCGUCCUUCCAAGGCUCUCGUCCCAGAAUGUGGUGACCGUGUCCUCACAGAAGGAUUUCCUGAUGAUUGCAGGGCAGGUGGGUAGACAGUCUGGAAAAUCCACGAAUAUUUUCUCGGGGACAGAGAUAAAGAAAGGACUUGGAUGGCCCCAAGGGCAGGGAAAUUUUCCGAGUUCCAGUGUUCAAGUGACGGUAGGCCCCGGUGGCCUUGGUGGGGCUUUGAGUUCAGUGACCAUACAGGCCCAGCAAUACCUAGAGGGAAUGUGGAGCAUAUCACGGGUCAAUAGUUACCUUCCUCCUUCAUGCCAUCCUGAUUCUACGUCCAUGGAAGGGGGAAGGGAAAGCAACAAUGCUGAGUCUUCUUCAGGGACUAAUCACAAUGAGCAGACCUUAGCAGGACAGUCUCCACAAUGGAUACCACCAGCUGCAGUGACUUCUGGGACAUCAGCUGCUGCUUCCUUCUUUAUAAGAGCGGCGCAGAAGCUCAACCUGUCCUCGAAGCGCAAGAAGUAUCAUCCGCCGCUCCCCCACUCCAGGGAAUACUCCACUUUCCUAACCAACUUCAGUGGCAUUCUUCAGCUGUGUCCACCGCCGACUCCUCCGUGUUUGAUGAGAGCAGUGUUGAAAAUCAAAGAGCACCCCGGCAUGGGAAAGGUGAAAGUAAUGGUGAGAAUCUGUCCAUCACAAGGGAUCCAUGACACAUCAGAAUCCAUGUCUUUUUUAAAAGUUGACCCGCGGAAGAAACAGAUCACCCUGUAUGACCCGUCUACGUGUGGCCCCACGAUGACAGGCCACAGAAGAGCUGUGGUUGCCGUCCCAAAAAUGUUUGCCUUCGAUUCGGUGUUUCCUCAAGAUGCUUCACAGGCUGAAGUUUGCUCUGGGACCGUGGCGGAAGUCAUUCAGUCUGUUGUGAACGGUGCAGAUGGAUGCAUAUUUUGCUUCGGUCAUGUCAAGCUUGGUAAGACCUACACCAUGAUUGGUAAAGAUGCCUCUACACAAAGCCUUGGCAUUAUACCUUGUGCAAUCUCUUGGCUUUUCAAGCUAAUCAAUGAGCGCAGAGAAAAGACUGGCACUCGCUUCUCAAUCAGAGUAUCUGCUGUGGAAAUCUGCGGAAAGGAUGAAAAUCUUAAAGAUCUGCUAGCUGAAGUAGCCACUGGUAGCCUUCAAGAUGGUCAAUCCCCAGGAGUCUAUCUCCGAGAAGAUCCAAUAUGCGGGACUCAGCUUCAAAACCAGAGCGAGCUGAGAGCCCCCACAGCAGAGAAAGCCGCUCACUUUCUCGAUGCAGCCCUAGCAGCAAGGAGUACCAGUAUGCCGGAUUGUGAUGAAGAAGAUAGGAGGAAUUCUCAUAUGCUUUUUACUCUUCACAUAUACCAGUACAGGAUGGAGAAGAGUGGCAAAGGAGGAAUGUCAGGAGGACGCAGCCGUUUGCACCUUAUUGACCUUGGGAGCUGUGAAAAAGUGCUGAGUAAAAGCCGUGAUGGUGGAGGUGGGCUAAGUCUAUCGCUGAAUGCUCUAGGCAGUGUCAUAAUGGCCCUAGUGAAUGGAGCCAAGCACAUCCCAUAUAGGGACAGCAAAUUAACUAUGCUCCUGAGGGAAUCUCUGGGGAAUAUUAACUGCCGAACAACCAUGAUUGCACACAUCUCGGAUUCUCCUGCAAAUUACCCAGAAUCCAUUGCCACCGUUCAGCUUGCUUCAAGGAUUCAUCGAAUGAGAAAGAAAAAAUCCAAGUAUGCAUCAAGUUCUUCUGGAGGAGAAAGCUCCUGUGAAGAAGGUCGUGCCCGAAGGCCGCCACACUUGAGACCUUUCCAUCCAAGGACGGUAGCACUUGAUCCAGACUUCCCUGGGCUGGGAAUGCAUAGUGAUCCCGACUAUUCCUCCAGUAGUGAACAGUCAUGUGACACCGUUAUCUAUGUUGGUCCCAAUGGGGCGGUUUUGUCUGACCAAGAGUUAACAGACAAUGAAGGUCCUCCAGAGUUUGUUCCCAUCAUACCCUCACUUCUUAAGAAAAGAAGCAAAGACAACAUAUCAGGCCCUCGAAGUUCUGAUAAUGAUCACUUAAAAUGCAACACUUUUGCUGAGCUACAGGAGAGACUUGAGUGUAUUGAUGGCAGUGAGAAUCCUUCCAGGUUCCUUAAUGAAGAAGCUCUCUCAGAAGCGCUUUCUACUAAAGCCAUGGAAAAUGCACCCUCUAUGCCAAUACAGGAGAAACCACCAUAUUCUCCAAAGAAAGGGCAAGCCAGUAAUGCUUCAUCUGUUUUUUCACAAAAUUGUUCAGGAUCAGAAACAAGUGCACCUCAUCUCAUAUCUGAUCAGCCUCAAGAACAUGCCAAAGCCGAAAGUACACAUUUGGACUGUUUCUCAAAUGGAGAUCAGCUGACAAUCACAGAAAGGCAAAAGUGCUCGCUGCCAAGUGCUGGCAAAAUUAAAGAGCAACCAAAAGCAUUUGCUGAUUCAUCAGUAAGAGAAAAAAACCUCCUUACAAGAAGACCUCUACCCAGUCCUGCACCACCACCUCCUCAGAUGAACUCCCACAUGAGCUCAGAAUCAAGUAGUGGUGUCAGGACUCCUCCCAUCGGUAUGAGCAAAUUAGAAAGUCAGGACAAGCACAAUUUACUAGGCAGCACAUUCCCGGUUGUCAGUAGCACUCCCACACAGCCUGGUCCAGUUGAGGUACGCAGGUUUUGCUCAGCAGUAAAAAGCAAAGGUUUUGAUCGUGAUAUCUUAACCACCACAGUGACUUUGCAGAAGCCUGUUGAACUUAAUGGAGAAGAUGAACUUGUUUUCACUGUUGUAGAAGAGUUGUCUAUUGGUGGCAUUCUUGACAAUGGUAGACCUUCUAGCGUCAUUAGCUUUAACAGUGACUGUUCUCUGCAGGCCCUUGCCUCUGGCUCUAGGCCAGUCAGUAUUAUUAGCAGUAUUAAUGAUGAGUUUGAUGCCUACACAUCACAGAAAUCUGCUGCUGGUGUCAACAUUGAUAUUGUGGUGCCCUUGGCAGAGGAUCAAUGCACAGUCAGCAGCCGACGCUCAUCCAUUAGUUCAUGGCUGAGCGAAGUCAGCAUUUGUACAAUUAGAAGCGAUGGAGCACAGAACUGUGACACUUUACUUCCUCAUGAGACUAAUAAAAGCAGUGAGAUUGUAGAUUGCCUGAUUCUGGAUUCAGAGAACACAACUGUUCAAAUGGGCCAGAAUCUGAAAAAUUACCUUAAUGAUAGUGGGUUUUGCUUUUCCGAAAUGGACAGUGAAAGUAUUGGUUCUGGUCUGCUUUAUACUAGCAAUGAGAAGAGCCUUAAGACCUCUGAGCUAACCAAAGCUAUGCCAAGCAGUUAUCAAGCAACUAGCAAGACUAGAGCUUGUAGCACCCGAGGUACAUUAUCAUUUGACACAAUCCACUCUAGUCUUCCUCGGAAAAAUCCGUCUACCUCAUCUGUAACACACACCAGUGCAUUAAAUGGAAAGGAAGGCACACUUGAGGACCCUUGGACAGCACGAAUGGAUAAUUCCUUAGAGGGAAGGAUUGAAAACCAGCUGCUUUCUGCUAAAUCUUCCAUUCCGGGUACAGACAAUCAAUUUAAACAGAGUUCAAAACUUGCACAAACUAGUACACCUAAGGCUCUGAAAUCCCAGAUACUGCCAGCAUGUUCACAGCGGGUGGUGGAUGGCUGUGAAGUGGAUGCCAAAGCUGCCACCAAAAAGACAGAACCCCUUACAAAAGUACCACAGCUUAGGAGAGGUGCUACAACUCUAGGAGUUACAACAAACUACAGCUCUCAAACUGAACAUGGUAUUAAAGGGGGAUCAGAUUCUGUUUUUCAUGAUGGUAGUUUAAAAUCAUCAGGGACUAAGAAGAACUUGCCUCAAAAAGCAAGCAUGCUUCCAAGACCUGGUGGGACAGGACCUCCUGCACCCCCUGUACGUAAAUCAAGCUUAGACCAUAAAAAUAAUCCUCUGCAUUUAAACAGCCUUGGUAGGUUAGAAGAGUGUAGUCGAUCUGCUCUAAAUUUGGAAGAGGACAGCGAAACACAGGUCAAAAUAACUAAGAAUGACCAUUCGCUACCCAAAGCUGUAUCCAGCUUGAAGAGCAAGUCCAAUAAAUCAGAGUAUGUUCAACGCUUUGGAAGUCAUAUGUCCCUGGAAAGAUGUGAUAGUGUAGGAUCCAUGGGCUCAAGAACUAGCGGGCCUCGCGAUAACACUAGUGGAAGUAGUAUUAACAAAGCAAACCGGACUGUACCAAGGCUUGGGGUACCAUCUGCACUUAGUACAGUUACCUCACCACCUUCCUGCAAUUCCAUCACCAAAAACAACCAGGCUAAAAGUUCACUUUCUCAAAAAGCAACAACAAGCUUAACCAAGAACCGCAGUCUUUCGACCAAUGGCUCAAAGUCACUUAGUUCUUCAGUGAAGUCUUUGAACCAGUCUAAUGGGAAAGCUUCUGGCAUUCCUCCUAGUGGGAAAGCAGGUUCUCGUUCGGUACAGUGCAUUAGCAGCAAGACUGCCAGAGGAACAAUUAUGGGGACUAAGCAAGCCUUAAGGGCAGCAAACAACAGAGUCAAUGAGUUGGCGUCUGGCAGCUCAAGCAAGAUAGGUCACUUGCGGGGAUCAACCGACUCGGACAGUGGAAAUGACAGCGGUGUUAACCUUAGUGAUGAGAAAUCGCAAACACCAAUUUUGCCGUCACCUUACAGCAAGAUAACAGCCCCAAGGAGACCACAGAGAUACAGCAGUGGUCAUGGAAGUGAUAACAGCAGUGUUCUCAGUGGGGAGCUGCCCCCAGCAAUGGGUAGGACAGCCCUGUUCUAUCAUAGUGGCAGCAGUGGCUAUGAGAGUAUGAUCCGCGAUAGUGAAGCCACAGGGAGCGCCUCUUCAGCUCAUGACUCAAUGAGUGAAAGUGGAAUGUCAUCAUCUGGACGUAUGAGGAGCCUAAAAUCUCCAAAGAAAAGAGGACUCCAACGGCGAAGACUAAUACCAGCUCCACUCCCUGAAGCCACAACAACUGGCAGGAAGAACAAUGUCACUGGUCAGUGGGUCGACCUGCCACCUUUACCUGGCACUUUAAAGGAACCCUUUGAAAUAAAAGUCUAUGAAAUCGAUGACGUGGAAAGAUUACAGAGGCACCGACAUGAAGAGACAGAGACUUUUCAAGACAUGGAAAAGGGUCUAAUAUAUUUCAACACUAAAUUGAAGAUUGCAGAAAGACGGCAACAGAGAAUUCGAGAUUUAAAGACAAAGCAUGAAGUGUUAAAAGAGGAGCUGGAGGAGACCAAGACUCGACUGAUGAUGGAUCCGAACAAGUGGAGAGGAGAGUUUGAAGUGGAUCCAGGCCUGGAGGAUGAAUCUCAGGAGUAUCUAGAGGCACUGGAACAAGUUACAGAAGACCUGGAGCUGUGUGUUAAUGUAUGCAAAUCUCAUGUCAUGAUGGUGACCUGCUUUGAUAUUGGUAUGAUCAUGGAUCAGCAAGAUGGAGGAAAAGAAGUAGAAGUCUGAAGAAGAUGGACACAGAAGAAUAUAGACUAAUGGAUUUGAGGAUGAAGAUUUUUGGCAAUGAUCCUGCACCGUGCAAUGAAAAAAAUAAACAGAUGUACAUCAGAAUGUGAAAAUGUAAAAUUGUAAAGAAUGUUAUUGGAUUGAAACCGAUGAUGGAUUGUAAUGUUUCACAAUUAAGAAGGUGCCUCUAGACAUGGUUUAACCUACUUGAGCAGUUUAGUUUUGUUUUGGAACCAACUUAAGUCAGAAUGGAGCA